AUGAGCGAGGCAAAUUCCGUUGCCGCUUCUGAGAAGUCCGAAGAUCUAGAAGAGGACUCUGUGUACAUGCUAUGCGGGCUUUGCAGGAAACCUCCUGUUGACACGAGUCCUAAACUUUUGCCUUGUCUUCACUCAUUUUGUUUGAAAUGCUUGGAGGAGCGUUUCGCUGAGCAACAGCAAGAAAAGGCUCCCUCGACAACGACAAGUUCUUCGUCAGUUUCGAUCCCAAGGCUGAAAUGUCCAACUUGUGGUCAGGAGUUUUUAGUUCCACCGAAAGGAGUAGCCGGUUUCCUGGAUAAUCAAUUUGUGUUAGAAAACCUAGGAAAACUACAACGGAAACAGGAGAACGUAAAGCGUUUUUGUACUUCUUGUGAAGAUAACAGUCCGGCUUCUUCUUUCUGUUUGAAUUGCAGCGAUUGGCUUUGUGACGCUUGUGUUUCUGCUCAUCAGAGAGUACGCGUUACCAAAGACCAUAAGAUACAAUCAGAAGCCCAGUAUUUGGAAAAUUCUGAGGCCGCAGACGCAAAGCCCAUUUUCUGUAACAUUCACCAACAAGAAUCCUUAAAACUAUUUUGCGCAAAUUGUGAGAAACUAACUUGCCGAGAUUGCCAGCUUCUUGAACAUAAAGAUCACAAGUAUCAGUUCAUCAAAGAAGCGGCCAUUAGCUACAAAGACUACCUUCGAGGGCAGCUGAAUCGUCUUUACGAACAGGCACAACCUUUAACAGAAUCCAUUAGAGAGGUAGAAAAAGCGGCGAAGGGCCUACAAGAACGGGAAGAAAGCAUUGCUGCUGAAAUCAGAAAAUCCUCAGAAAUGCUAGUCAAGGCAGUAAAACAGCGAGAAAAUGUUUUGUUAACAGAGCUGAAGGCUGUAGUACAUUUUAAACACAAACUUUUGUCGAAACAGAAUAAAGACCUUAGACUGAUGCAAAAGAUUCUUCAACAUAAUUACGGUUUCACCAGGCAUGUUCUAAAGAAUGGUAGUGACAUGGGGUUGUUAUACAGCAAGCGGCAACUCAGUUCAAGGAUUCAAAAUCUGUUGAGUCUGAAGUACAAUGUUCUUCCAGUUGCUCACAGUGAUUUGAAAUUUUCAGUUGAAACGGAUAAACUCUGUUCUGUGAUAUCUAAACUUGGAAGUGUUAUGACUCCUGCUGACAGAACUAGUACUAAUUCAGCUAGACCUGAAGCAACAUUUCGCAGCUUAAACAAUGCAAGUAACUAUACACCAAUGCAUAGUGGUAUGGUCCCAACAGGUGCCUCUAACCGCUCAAUGAGCUCAACUGCUCCUUUGCGACCUAAUCCCAUCGAAGCCUUGUCAGCUGUCAACAAGCGCCUUGGUCCACCAGGCAGUCAGUCGUAUUCAUCUGCUGUGAAAUAUCCAGGUUCUCUCCAAGCUGCUAUUGUUCACCCUUCUGGUGCUAGUGUGACACUAAACAGCAAAAUUGGUAUUGUGCCAGCAAAUAGUGUUUCACGAUCGCCAUUUUCUUCCAAUCCCCGAAACCUUGCAAUCAAAACAGGGAGUGGUAUUGGCAACCUUACUCCUGUGCAGAGAAGUCCGCUUGUCAGUAACUCUGGCAUGACACGUUUGUCACCCCCUCGUCCAGUUCGUAAUGGUAACACUGUCCCGUUGCGACAUUUCCAAGACAUAGGAAGCAAAAUUGUAAAGUCGCCACCACCCCGACCUUCAAGCAAUGGUAGUAACAGUAGUCAUCAAAGUCUGUCCCCUCUUGGUGAAUCAUCAUCAUCAUCAUCAUCAUCAUCAUCUCUUCCCAAACAGAAUGGCUGGGAAGAACCUCCAAGCACUCCUGACUUGCCCAGUCAAGUUUUAAAAGGUAUUUUAAUCUUGCUUUGUUUCAACCAUUCCUGUCAUACGGGCCUUUGCCAAGCUUGUUUUCCUUUGCUGCUAAGUCCUUCAGGUGAAGUGUCAUGACCUUCAAAAGUUUAGAAUAUCGGGUUUUAUUUUUGUAGUUUUUCUAACAAAAAUCCAGGCAGGAAAAAAAAUUAAAUGUGGAAGUAGUUGCUUAAAGAAGAAGGCAUAAAAACUAUACAACUGAAAAAAGAGAAGUUUUCAGUCAGAGGGCAAGAGAAGAGUUCUGGAAAAACCUAAGACACAAAUUAACUUGGCAUUCUAAGAAAGCACUGAACAAUAAAUCCUUUAUAUUAUUUUUUAGUUACUCACACAUGUGUAGAGGUUUUGUGCACAGACUCAAUCUUUAGAUCAACCUUACACAAAAUAAUAAAUGGUACCACAAGAAAGUUAUAUAUUUGGUAAUUUUAAUAACAGCUUGAUUUGAAUGAUCACACUGAUGUAAGUGUUAUCAUUCUUUAGAGCUCUGAAAUAAUACUUUCUAGUGUGCUAUUUAUAUUUGGUGAAAACCCUGAGGAUGGAAAAAAUUUUCAUUUUCAACUUGAAGAAGCCAAUGGUGUAAAUUUUUCUCUUACAUCAUCUCUUAAGUAUUCCUGUUAAGACCUGUUCCUUUUGGUCAGCUGUAAGAAACAGGUCAAUUUUUCUUCUCUGUUUGUUGACAUACAUAAAUUUUUUAGCUAAUGUCUGUUUCAUGGCAAGAUUCUUAAAUAUACUUGGUCUUAAUUUUAUAAGAUACCCCUGCUCUAAUCAUUCCACAUAAUUUCAUUAAAUUAUGGAGGCACAUACAUUCAAAUCACAGAUAAAAUUGUGAGUUGUUCUUCCUUGGUUACUAUUUAACAGCAUAUAUGAAGUGUGUACUAUACAUCAAACCCCUUAGGCUGGAAUUUACAAAUGGCUCUCGUUUUUUAGAACUCUUAAGAUUAAUUUUGUAAAAAGGACUCUUAAAAAUUUUCAUCAUUUUGAAAAUUCAAUCUGGGAUUUUUUAUUUAGACAUGAUGUGACUUUGGUAAUGACAAAGCAAUUUUUCCAUAAAAUAAAUAUAUUUUUUCAAGUAUUAUUUUUCAUUUUUUUAAAAUUUGAAAUGAAAAAAGCUUGACUUUUAUUGCAGCAUACACAUGUACGUUCCUAAAAAUAAACACAGCCAGUUCUCUUUUGUCACUAUUGUUCUGGAUGGUCUUGAUUUUUCUCCAGUAGCAUCUUUUUGUCAAUUUCAAACAUGAUUAGUUUUGAAUCAAACUGCACAGAGGAAAACUGUACAUUAUAUGUUUACAGUUUUUCUCUGUGAAAUACUAACAGAGGCAGGUGAAAUAAUAAUUAUUACAAGUAUGUUUGAUCAUUUCCUUUCAAUGGUGUCAUUUUCUGGUAAUUUUUGGUUUGUAGCAAAUUUAAAUGAUGUUAAUGUCUCUCUGAUGUCUUUUUUAAUGAAAGAAUAGAGCUGUUCUAUCACAUUUUGAUCUUUCUUUAGAGGUUUAUUUUUAAAAUUCACUGAUUUCUGAGGAAAGACUGAGAAAAGUGAGUUUUUUAUAACUCACUUUUUCCACUCGAAACUUCUAAACUCAAGUAAUAAAUUAUGGCCCCCCUUUUCUCACCUAAUCUUCAAAGUUUUUAAAUUUAGUUCAAUUUAAGUCAAAACAUCGUUACGUUAGCUUAUGGUUGUUCUUGAAGAAAGUAGAAAGCACAGUUUUGGAACAAAAUAUCAUAUUAUCAAGAUUGUUAAAAAAUCUAAAACAACAUUGAAGGUUGAGGCAAAACUAGCAAAGAUUUAGUUGAAGGUUUCUUUUGCUUUUUGUGCCAAAGGCUUACUUUAAAUUCAAAUUUAGGGAAAUUGUAAAAUAUUUUAAGUGGACAUUAAUCUUCAUAGUCUGGUGAACUAAAAUAUGUCUUUUAUAGUCUACUUACUGUGAGCUCAAAGGAGUUUUUACGGAUUUAACAAUUUCCUUCAAAUGUUAGCUAUGUGAAAUUUGUAUGCAAGAUUCUUUCCUUUAGAUGGCAUUUAGUGGAUGCUUCCAUACAAACCCCAUGUGCAUCACUCCAUUUUUGUUCCAUCACUUGAUAAAAAUUAGUCUUUAUUCAUUUUAAAUGCAGUUACAAUUUGACAGUAAUGAUAAAUUUGCAGUUGACUGUUUUCUUCUCCAUCUUUUUUUCCUCUUCUCUUUUAUUUGUUUUAUUUUUGGAAGCAUUGGGCCUUAUCAUUAUCAAUUCUCUCCUUUCUAAGAGUAGUUGUUAGAGGCAAAUUGAACAAAAAUUCCAAAUAUUCCUUUAAGUUCAAAUGUACCAAAAAUAGAAAGAUAGAACAUGGACUCCUGCCAAAGAUGUUUAUAAUAAAUAGUGACACUUCCUCUUACAUGUACAAUGUAUGUAUGUGUUUCAUGACUAAGUAUAGAAGUAAAAGGAUCGUUUUUUGGCUUGCAUUAGACCAAUAUAUGUUCUUGUACAAGUAAGUUACAAUAUUGUUCUUUGUGUUUCCUGUUUUGCUGAAUCAAAGUUAAUGAACUGUCUUGGUCUUUGAUAAGAAUGGCUGUUGGCCAGAUUUUAAUGUGCCUUCCAUCCAAGUCUUUGUUCCCUGACACAGCACAGAUCUCUUGUUUUCGUAUAGAUGAAGCUAAACAUUGAAAGAUUUUUUUUUUGUUACUGUUGUCAACAUACUUUAAUCUGUUCCAGAACAACAUACAUGUACUUCUAAACAGGAUUGAAAAUACAUGUAUAUGUUGCAGAUAAUUUUUUAUUUCAGGUAAUUUUUGUUUUUCCUUUGUUUCAAUUCAUUACCAUACAUUACCAUAUCCAAAAACAAUGGCAAAAUAAAAAUUAGCUGAGAUAAAAAAUAAAUUACAACAUAUAUAUCUAUAUAGAUAUAAAAAGAGAGAACAUGAGUGAUAUGUCGUAAUGAGUGGCAUCUGUAAUUUGGGUAUUACAUGUAGCCCAUCCCAAGGCUGUGCUGUAAAGAAAAUUGAAGGGAGCCCAGUGCUCUGAACUUGCGAAAUCCAGUGUGCCCAGCAUAUGAUUUCUAUGAAAAAGCUAAGAUUUUCUAGUCGCCCGAGAACAAAAAGUUAGGCCCCAUGUGCCACCGGGCUCUGCUAGAGCUCAGCCUUGCAUCCUUGUUUUAAUCAAGCACAAAUGGACAAAUUAUGUUCCCUUGUUGGUCUGCUGUGGUACCAAUGAGCUGCUUUCUUAUUUGACUGGUGUGCCUGUGAUUAUUGUACACAGUUUAAAAAAUGUGAACAAUAAUUUCACAGCCUUUAAGCCUUUAAGCCCUAAGAGUGAUCAGCAGAAAAUUUCUCUUUGUAAUAUCAAUGCUUUGUAAAACAGAGUGGUCAUGAGAAUUAGGGACAUGAUCACACAAGAUGAAUUUGCUUGAUAUUUUAUCAAUUUCCCCCCACUACUUCUGUAGAAAUUGAAUAGGGGCAACAAAUGAGAAUUCAACUUUUGAUCUUAGGGUUUAAAGGGUUAACAGCAUUUUUUAUCAUUUGCCCUUCUCUCCAGGUGCUACUUCACCUACUAGUACUGUAGAUCCUGUCGUGCCGACCCCAAAAAUACCCAAACUGCUUCCUGUGUUAAAGAGAAGCAAUAGUACCCAGGAAACCACAUCAGAGCCUGUGGUACCUCCAGCAAUACCAAAACUACUUCCUGUGUUAAAGAGAAGUCAUAGUUCCCAGGGAGUGACUGAACCUGUGGCUGCGUCACCACCACCAAUAAAAGUAAAGCAAGAAAAACCUGAAUCUCCAAUGGAUUUUUCGCCUUGUCAAGAGUCUAUGCAGAAGGUGUGUGGGCAGUUGAAUAUGAAAAAAAUUUUGCUUGUUUUUGUUUUUAACUGUCUAGCUCACCAUAUUGAGCAUAGAAUAAACUGUGGGUGCUCUGAGUGGCUAAAUAAAUGUUUUUAUCAGAAGGAAAAGGGCAGAAAAGCAUGGCUUUUAUGACAAGAAGGCAUCUUCCUAGGCCACAUACUGUUCUCUGAUUACAUUCAGUUACGGAAGUCUUUCUACAUGUAUCUUGGCAGAGUGGAGGGAUGUUUUUAUGUUAUGAUAACUGGCCUCUCAGGCAUGCAACGAACACACUGUCCGAUAACUUGGGGCUAGUGGAUUUUGCUAUCGGGCUAGUAAAUUCUGUUGUUAGCUUGCAUGGCACGUAAGUGAGGUCUCUUGGGGAAUUCAGAUUACAGAAGAACUGUAAUCAAUCCUGCUCAUCAAGAGUUUUUUAGGGCUAGGUGAAAUGACUCUUAGGCUAGUACAUUCUAGUUACAGCUUGCCCAACUGGAAAGCUGUAAAACUGGUUUUCUUUGCACCCUGCUCCUACUAUUUAUUCUUGACUAUUAUUUUAUGAGGCCGAGUAUCAUCUGAAGAGUUAUGGAGAUUGAAGAGGAUGUUAAUUGGCCAGGGUGAACAACACCCUCCGAGAUCUCCAUAAUUCUUCAGAUGAUAUGAAAGUUGAAUUCAAUGUUAUUGUUUUAUUGUUCAUUCAAAGUAAUUUCGAGUUUAAAAACAUGCUUACAUCCAUUGAUGUUAAGUUCAUUUUUGAUAGUGCAUGUUUAUCGGCAAGUUUAGGAGAUAAAGGGUUGUUCAUUUCUGCUAAUAUUCUUUAAAUGGCCGAUGUCCUUUGUUAAGUUGUCUACUUGCUGUUCUUGCAAUGUUUUUAGCCAAUAGUUCCUUUUCUUCCAACUCAUCCUCAUCCCUAAGUCUUCUCAGUGAACUGUUCAGUUUUCUGGCGAUUAUGCUGCUCAGUUGAGGUCAUUUUUCACAUAUUGCAAAAUUUCGUCCAAAUUUGGUCAACAGUACAUAGUAGCUUGUUAUUUAUUUUCCCAAUCUGAAAUGGAGAAAUAUUUUGAAAGAGUAAUAAUGUGCAUUAUUGAAUUUUGCGGAUGAUUUUUAGCAGCAACAAGAAGAUGCCACAAGCGGUGAGAGUGGGAUUGAUGAGACAAGUUCAAAUGAUGACUGGUGUGCUGUGUGCCGUAAUGGUGGAGAACUUUUAUGCUGUGAUACUUGUCCACGUGUUUUCCAUUUGCAGUGCCAUGUACCAUCCCUUGCUAAUCUUCCAAGGUAAAUCUUGUGUCAUUAGUGUACAUUAUGGCAGGGCUGAUCUUUUUGUUAGGACAGUGAACAUCAACUCAAAAGAUCUGUUGACCAAAAAGUUGACACAAUAUAAUGAAAGCCCAAGUUGAAGCUUAUGGUCUUAAAAGUUAUGAAAAGGCAGCCCUUUAUUCUCUGUUUUGUAGUUAUAUGUUAAACCUAUGUUUUGUUGAAAAAAAUCUGGUAUCAACCAUGCUGCCUGUUCUUAAAAAUUGGUUGAAAGCUGAAGGUGUAAGUUUUGGGGCAAGUUCAUUUUUUAGUGAAUUGUUCUGUUUAACACUAAGAUUCUCGGCAUUGAACUGUAGUCAUUUUACUUCCAUUAGUGACUCGUGGAGUUGUGGAUUGUGCAGGGAGGUUGACUGGAAUGCUUUAAGGCAGAGGGGUAUGUCCAAUUUAAAUCUAUUGUAAUUUCAUAUCAUUUUUGAGGCAUUUUUUUACUUGCCAGGAAGUAAGGUUGAGAGUCUUUCGACCUUUUGCAAAUAAAAAAGUGGAGUUGUAGGCAGAGUUGUUUAGCUUGACAGAAUUGGAAACACAAGAAUAAGAACUAUUCUAUUUUUUCCUAACUCCACUUAUGACUCUGCUGCUAGUGAAAAUCAGAUAGUCAAAGAUGAAAGCAGAAGCAGAAAAUUUUUAUUGUGACUCCAACAAUUUGGGUUUGACUAGAUCAUUAGUGAUGGAGGUACAUUGUUUAGCAGAAUUGGAAUGCUAUUUUCACUAAAUCUUUGGUUCUGAUUACAACACUGUGAAAACCAGCUUUUUGUGAGAAUGUAGCUCUCCAGCAGUUCUUUUAAAUUAUCAAACUUUCUUUACAACACAGAUCUGGAGGGGGUCUCCCCUGGAAAUAAAAGACGCUCUUCUUGUAAUGGUCUGACAGAAUUUGAGAAAAAGGUAAUUGAAUUACUCUUUAUCCAGUCCCUUUGAUGAAUUAUUAAUAUUGUAAGCAGUUCUUUUCUCAGCUUAUGUUUAACAUUUUAUUCAUUUUUUUUUAAAUAAGGUCUGUGAAAAAAUUUUGCUGGAGCUGUUUUGUCAUGCAGACAGUAUUCCAUUCCAACAGAAAGUUAGCAAAUCAGUAAGUGAAAACAUUAUUUUUCAAAAACCAAGAAUGACCAAGCGAGUGGCACAAGUUCCAGUUGUCGGGACAUUUUCUCUCAAAGGAUUAAAAUUGUUUCAUUUUAGUUUAUGUGGCAAUAUAGGCAACUAAAGUGAGUAGUUAUACAUGUUAUAUUUGAUGGAUUGCCAUUUUUUAGACUAAUUUUCCUUUUGAGUAUACACCUCUCAUAAGAUUAUAUUUUUUGCAUCAAAGGUGACAGUCAACUCUGAGAGAGUUGACAGUAGAGUCGUUCUAACUGAAACCAAUGAUGCAGAGAGAGAGAGGGGGGGGAUUAUUAACUUUCUUCCCCUGAAAUAAGGAGGCUUAAUAGAGGGUUUACAAUAUCAUGAUCUUCUUUACAUUAUUUUAUUUCUUUUCCUGCAGUUCCAUUUAUAAAAUUCAUAUAUUCAUUAUUUCAACCAAAGUCUUGUUCCAAAGUUUGCCAGUGAACCAUUGUCUGUUUUUUAGGUUCCUAAUUAUUACAAAGUGAUUACUCACCCUAUGGAUUUGUCAAAUGUCCGUGCAAAGCUUCAAACACAGAACUUCGCACACUAUCAAACCUUCCAUGAGUUUGUUGGAGACUGUCGCCUGAUCUUUGAGAACUGUGCAAUAUUUAAUGAAGUAAGUACUACUUCUUUUAAUAAUAAUUAUUGUUGUCAAAUGAACCCCUAGUCAAUUUUUGUGAAAUUUUAAAGAGAUUAUUCAUUACAGCUGCAAAAUUUACAGCUCUUAUCAAGGAAGAGGAAGGGUAUACAUAAAACAGCUACAUGUCGAUCACUAACAUUGUUGUUUCCAAAAUAAAACAUGCGGUGAAAUUAGUCAAAUAUGUAUUUGAGUUUGAUAGUAUGGCUCCUUUUCCAUUAGACUAAUGUAGUUCAUUAUUUUUUGGUUAGCUUUAAGGUUGACUUCAGUUUAAAGCAAAAUAUAUAGUUUGUGUUUAGUUACAUGUAUUGUUUUUUAAAGUUACAGUACCUAUCAAUUACUGCAAGGACAUUCCUCUUCCUUGACCCUUCCAAAGCCUUUUGUCACAUCUUUUGACUCUUCUGGGCCACUGCAAAGGAACGUAAAUGGACAAAAAAAAUGAUAUAACAUUAUUUUGUCUUCAAAAAGGGCUGCACUCUAGCAGGGCCCAGGGGCCCCUGGUACCUAACUUUUGCUCCCAGGCAGUGUGAAAGUCUUAUUUUCCUCAUAAAAAAUAUAAUGCUGGGCACCUUGAUUUCACAAGUUCAGAGCACUGGGUAUCAUUAAAAUUAUUUUUUUCAGAGCAUAGCCUUGACAAAAGCUUAACCAGGAAAAAACCUUGUACCACAAUAAUUUAAGCCAUAUUGAAUUCUUUUCUACUUUUUUCAAGGGCUAUAUAGUAGUUAUCUGUAAUAACACCAAAGACAAUUUCUUAUGGGAGCUUGUGAAAAUUGAUUUUAAAUUUCACAGGAAUUGUGAAAACACAUGUAAAAUGGGUAAGAUUUCAUUUUGUGAAAUUUGAAGCUUUUCUCAGGCUCCAAUGAGAAAUUUUCUUUGGUGUUAUUACAUAUAACUAAUUACAUCUUUUUCCCUUGAAAAGUGUAAAAAAGAAUGUAAUGUGCUCAAAUUAUUUUGUACAACGAUUUUGUCUGAUAAAAAAAAAGUACUCAGUUUCCUGAUGGAUUCCGUCUUAAUUUUCAUGCAUACCGAUGAGAUGUAAAUGUUCCCCAUGUCUAUUUAUUUUCCAAGAGCAAAAAGGGACUAGGAAUUUGUUCAGUUUGUUUAACACUGUCUUGUACUGGAAUGUUUCCCAUAGGCAACUUCUGAAGUUGGCAAAAUGGGCCACAAUUUAGAAGUAUACUUUGACGCCGUGCUGAAAAAGUACCUGCCAAAUUAUGUGGAUCCAUCUGGGGAACCCAAGCCAAAGAGGAGAAAAGAUGAAGCAAGGCUGUAUAUACUGAAUCAAUGA